UUAUGAAUUAAGGUUCGUACUGUUUAGUGUUGGAAGGAUUUGAAUGGGUUUGUUUGCGGUUUCAAUUCAGGUUUAUAUGUUCUGUAAGUAGGUUUGGUCGGCGAUGCAGUGCAGUACAGAGACACAGUCGUCUCUUGGUUUUGGUGGGACACGGCGGUGGUGGCCAGAGUUGGGUGUGGUACAAGCCGGGUGAUGGAUAGGAGAGAAUUCAUCGGCCGACGGCGAUCGUUUCAUGGCUGUGCAUUCUUACUGAUUACUUGGCUGGGGAUGCAGUGUGCUGGACUUGUACUGUGUGGAGCCAAUGGAGUUGAAACUCUUUCAAUAAAGUGUUACGACACAUGGCGUUUCCAGUGCUACCCCGAGCCAAUCACAGUACAUUUCAACUCCAUCGCCAUGGAAGUACAAGAGGAUUUGGAGGCCUUGAAGAAGAGGAGCACUGCCAAAGGGGCAUUUUCCCGUAAGGUAACACUCUUCAAGAAAGGACUGGCAAGAGGAGAUAGUCGUGGAGUCGUAGAGACAUUCUAUAACGCAGUGAAUAAAAGCUUUGAUGUUUUGGAAAUGAAGUGUGAUGAUUUGAUUACAUUUAUAAAUGAUAAUGCCUUAGAUGAUUGUGUCGUAGAGGAAAUAGAACACUACAUUUUAGACUGUGAAAGAAUUAGAAAUUAAGUGUACGUUGAGUUCAAUGGAAUAGCUGGUACUCGUGCAUCGUGUGUGACAAGUAACCCAAAGAUGAAGGUGAAAGCGUUUGAACCACCGAAAUUUGAUGGAAAUCUAAGAUGUUACCCGAACUUUAAAGAUGACUUCACUAAAUUGGUUAAAGCUAGUUAUGGGGAAGAUCCAUAUGCUUUGAGAAUGUGCUUAGAAGGGGAAGCCCUACAAACUGUAAGAGGUGCAGAAGGUGAUUUUCAUGAAAUAUUCAUGAAAUUGGAUGAGAAGUAUGGGAAUCCAAGGAAAAUAGUUGAUCUGGUAACAAGUGAUUUAAGGUCGUUGAAAAGAAUAGCAGAAGGGGAUACCAAGGGAUUUAUCAACAUGGUAAACAAGGUUGAACAGUGCUGGUUUGACUUAAAACGAGUUAAUUUAUCUACAGAACUUAGUACUGCUAAUGUAGUGAGCCACAUUGAGAAAAUUCUACCAACAUUGCAGAAGAGGGAAUGG